GUGCGCGCGCUCCCCGCGCAUGCGCGCGGCGGGUGCGGGCGGCGCGCGCCGGCGCGGUCCCGGCCGGGCACAUCCCGAUCCCGGGCAGUGCCCGCCGGAGCUCGGAGCGCUCGCCGCGCUCGGAGCGGGGUCCGGCAGCUUCACGGCCAGCUCCCCUCAGCCCGCGGGGGCACCGCCGCACCGGGGAGCUCCCCGCCGAGUUUGCCGCGCCGCAGGAAGUCCCUCGGACCUGUCCGAAGUGGGGCCGCGGCCGCUCCGUCCGCUCCCCUGAGCGCCGUGUGCGGGCGAAGAUGCCGAAGAAGAAGCCCGGGCCGAUCCAGCUGAACCCCGCUCCGGAUGGAUCCGCAGUAAACGGGACCAGCUCCGCAGAGACAAACUUGGAAGCACUUCAGAAGAAGCUGGAGGAGCUGGAGCUGGAUGAGCAGCAGAGAAAGCGCCUGGAAGCAUUCCUCACCCAGAAACAGAAGGUUGGGGAGCUGAAGGAUGAUGACUUUGAGAAGAUCAGUGAGCUGGGAGCAGGGAAUGGUGGUGUGGUCUUCAAAGUGUCCCACAAACCCUCUGGCCUCAUCAUGGCAAGAAAGCUGAUCCACCUGGAGAUCAAGCCAGCCAUCCGCAACCAGAUCAUCCGGGAGCUGCAGGUGCUGCACGAGUGCAACUCCCCGUACAUCGUGGGCUUCUAUGGAGCCUUCUACAGCGAUGGGGAGAUCUCCAUCUGCAUGGAGCACAUGGAUGGUGGCUCCUUGGAUCAAGUGCUGAAAAAGGCUGGGAGAAUUCCAGAGCAGAUCCUGGGCAAAGUUAGCAUUGCGGUAAUAAAAGGACUCACAUAUCUGAGAGAAAAGCAUAAAAUAAUGCACAGAGAUGUUAAACCAUCCAACAUUUUGGUAAACUCCAGAGGUGAAAUCAAGCUUUGUGAUUUUGGUGUGAGUGGGCAGCUGAUAGAUUCUAUGGCAAACUCCUUUGUUGGCACACGCUCCUACAUGUCUCCUGAGAGGCUGCAGGGCACUCACUACUCAGUGCAGUCAGAUAUCUGGAGCAUGGGGCUGUCCCUGGUAGAGAUGGCCAUUGGCAGGUACCCCAUUCCCCCUCCUGACUCCAAGGAGCUGGAAUUGAUGUUUGGCUGCCCCGUGGAGGGAGAUUCUCCAGUGACAGAGACCUCACCCAGGCAAAGAGCGCCCGGCCGACCCAUGAGCUCCUAUGGAUCAGACAGCAGACCCCCAAUGGCAAUCUUUGAACUUCUGGAUUACAUUGUCAAUGAGCCACCUCCAAAACUGCCCAAUGGUGUCUUUGGUUCUGAAUUUCAAGAUUUUGUUAACAAAUGUUUAAUUAAAAAUCCUGCUGAGAGAGCCGACUUGAAGCAGCUGAUGAUCCAUGCUUUCAUCAAGAGAUCCGAGGCAGAGGAGGUGGAUUUUGCAGGGUGGCUCUGCUCCACCAUCGGCCUUAACCAGCCCAGCACCCCCACGCACGCCGCCGGCGUCUGAGCAGCUCCUGGACUGUACCUCUGGUGACAACCAUGCUCUCCUGGUCCUCUCUCCUCAGCUUGUACCUGUUCAAACAUGUAUUUCACCUCUUAAGGAAGAAUGUCUCGAUAGCAUGUGCCAAAACGGUUUUAAAUCUCGUCCUAAACUAAUUGGUAUCGUACCGGGUUCCGUCGUUCACUGACCAAAUGUAAGCUGUGUAAGUUCCAGUGCUUGCUGAUUAUAGGUGAUUAUGGAUAUUCUUUCUUAAUGAAAAUAUCACUGGGGCUUAGGGGUUGGCCCCUGGCUUGUUUGAACUUUAUCAAGACUCUUUGUAAAUCGUUGGUACUUCAAUCAUGCUUUCCCUGAGCUCCCCGGGCUCGGGAUCGGGAUGCUCCGAGCCUGUCUGUGAGCAUGCUUUGCUGCUGCCCAGCUGUUCCCAAAAGUUAGGCUCCAAUUUUGCUGUUGUCUAGAGAUCUCUCUCUUUGCAGGUGAAGAAGGCAAAAGCUCUGCAUUUCUUGGAAUGCACAGGGCAACAUUCUAAUUGUAGACUUGUUCAUAUUUCUAUAUUUAUUUUUCGAACAUAUCAUCAUCCUUGGAUUUAGUGAUGUAUGUCUUUCUAAUUGAUUUUUAAAAGUUAGUUCUUGGAAGUGUCCUAUGGAAUCGAGACAAUGAUCCAAGCACUUUGCUUUCUUUUAACCUAAAGAGUCAUGACAACUGUGUUUAGUGUCUAAAAGUGUAUGAAAAUCCUUUAUUGUUUUAUUCUCUCAGAUGUUUAGCAAUGGGUUCUCUUAAUAAAUAUAUUAUCAAGUAA